CUGACGCCGUAAACACAACACACCGCCCUACGGUGUCCUAGUCUCCCUACAACACUCACCUCUGUCACCGUUGUUGUGGCGUGAUAGUGAAGGACUGUGAGGAAGAUGAGAGAGUGAGGACAUGAGGAAGAUGAGAGGGUGAGAUAAGAGGGCAGAGAGGCUGGCCGUCAUGCGUUCCCCACCUGGUUGAGAACGUGAAACACGACACCCAGUUCAUCAUGCGGUAUUAACUUGUGUAUAACAGUACAGUACUUUCAGUUCCACAACAAGGCUCGGCACCAACUGGAGAAUCGGCAAUGAAUUUUGAGCCAACUGAACACCAGCAUGUGAGGUUCAACCCUCUUCGAGGUGACUGGGUACUCGUUUCUCCCCAUCGCAUGAAGAGGCCGUGGGCAGGUCAAGUGGAAAAGCCCACCGAGGAGGAUAUCCCAACUCACGAUCCAGAGAAUCCUCUUUGUCCUAGGGUCACUAGACCCGGUGGUCAGGUCAACCCUGAUUAUGAGUCGACAUUUGUCUUCACCAAUGAUUUUCCGGCACUACUGGAAGAUGUACCAUCCCCACCAGAAAGCGAUGACCCACUAUUCCGUGCGAGCCAAGCUCGAGGAACAUGCCGAGUUAUGUGUUUCCAUCCUCACACCAACAUUACUCUGCCACUCAUGUCCCAAGAGGAGAUACGAGCGGUGAUAGACAGGUGGAUCAUGGAAUUGGAAGAGCUGGGCAAGAAGUACAUAUGGGUCCAGAUUUUUGAGAAUAAGGGAGCUGUCAUGGGAUGCUCUAAUCCUCACCCUCAUUGUCAAAUUUGGGCAUCAUCCUUCAUGCCAAAUGAGCCACGACUCAAGGAUGUACACCAAAGGGAAUACUACUUGAAACAUGGGAGGCCAAUGCUAAUGGAUUAUGUUACCAGAGAACUUGAAAAAGAGGAGCGACUGGUUGUGACGAAUGAUCACUGGGUUGUGGUAGUUCCAUAUUGGGCAGUGUGGCCAUACGAGACGAUGAUUCUUCCUCGUCGUCAUGUUAUACGCAUGACAGACCUCUCAAGUGAUGAGAAAGACAGUCUAGCAGACAUUAUCAAGAAGCUGACAACAAAGUAUGACAAUCUCUUCAACUGCUGCUUCCCAUAUUCCAUGGGCUGGCAUGGGGCACCUACUGGUCCUCACCUGGAGGAGGAUGAGAAGCACUGGGUAUUCCAUGGUUGUUAUUACCCACCUCUGCUUCGCUCAGCCACUGUUAAAAAGUUCAUGGUGGGCUACGAGAUGUUGGCCCAGGCCCAACGUGACUUAACAGCUGAGCAAGCUGCACAGAAGCUGAGAGAACUACCAGGAGUUCACUAUAAACUUAUAAAUAAUAAAUAGUGUUCAAUAUAA